UCGAACCGACAGCGCCAUUUGUUUAUUUCCGCGUUAUUGCAUGUCACGUGACCACAUCGCCGCGUUUUUAACCAAUAAGCGUGUAGCACUCCCGGAACGACAGAGGUCGCUUUUGUGUGUCAAAAUAAAAGCGGGCAAAGUUACUAAAGCUGGAAAUCUGCAGCUAAUCGCAAAUCGUUCUAAAGUUAUUGUAAGAUCAUAUUUGAUAUUUCAGUAAUGUAAUGAAAUUAAUCAUUUAAUUAAGAGUAAUGUGACAUUUGAGGUUACAAAGAAGUCCCGAUUAGCUUGCAAAUUUAAACAACAUCCACAUCUGACCCUGUAGUCUAACCUAAAAGUUUCCCAACCCUGUUCCAGUAAAUCAUUAAAUCAUGAUGCUAUUAGUCGCAUGUUCUACCCAUGCCUGCAAAAACAUGCUGGUAGAUAUAUUGGCUACUCUAAAGCAGAUGUGUCUGAGUAAAAUCCCAGAUCACUCAGAUCACACAAAUACCUCAAAUACCACACAAAAUCACUCUUCUGCAGAUUGACUGUUUAACAAUACUAAACCUAAUACUUAACCUGUUUACCACCAUGUAUAUGAAGUCAUACAUGGGAGUGUUCAGGCCAUGUUAUAUAAUCAGAUAUUUCUAUGAUUGGUGAACGUACGUCCACUAAUGUGUUUAUGACACUUAAUAAGGAUUAGAGUGCUCUGAAGCUAGGUCAGUCUUACGAGCAUCUGCAGCAUGGCAGUGUGGGAUUACUGUUACUUAUUCCACACACAUGCAUGUAACCUAUUCACAUGUCACUUGUGCAGGUGGGGCCAAAGACAGAUAUUUAUCCCUUAGCAAUGCUGAAAACUAGUUAUUACUUCUCAGAUGUAAGCAUACAGCCAAUUACAUGCAGAUUCCCACCAAACUGCCUCACUUAACCUGUGCCUGUAGUUUAGCUUGCUAACUAGCAGUGUUUGAUCUCCGUCCACUCUCCUGUCCUCCAUCCACGUCCUGUCUCCGGUAUGACCUCCCUGAUUCCAGUGCCAAAGCCCUCAUAUUCCCAGGCCAGGGAAACCCUGGUAAAGGCCAUUCCCCCAAAGGUCAUCUGCUUGCUGGCCUGUGGGGGAAGAGACUGCCGCUAUGAGGGGCCGGUGUGCUGGAGACCAAGCCAACAGGCCAUUAAGGGCCUCUUCUCUAGCUGGAUGACUGAUGACAUUGUUGCCAUGGCAAGGCCAUCUACCAGUCUCAUUAAGACAUACAACAUAAUAGACCAGUUUAAAAAGUUGAACAUUAAAUCCAUCAUUAAUAUGCAGCUGCCAGGCGAGCACGCUCACUGCGGUCCUGAACUGGAGCCUGACAGCGGCUUCACAUACUCCCCUCAGAUCUUCAUGGAGAAUCAGAUUUACUUCUAUAACUUUGGCAUGGCUGAUUUUGGCGUGUCAUCUCUGGAGGGGAUUCUAGAUGCAGUGAAGGUUUUGGCCUUCUCUGUGCAGGAGGGUAAAGUGGCUGUACACUGUCAUGCUGGACUAGGCAGAACAGGAGUGUUGAUUGCAUGCUACUUGAUCUACACAUUAAGGAUCAGUGCUAGUGAGGCUGUGCACUAUGUGCGGAUAAAGAGGCCUUGCUCGAUUCAAACCCGUGCUCAGAUCAACCUGGUGUUUGACUUUGCGAGGCUCCUGAGCUCCCAGCUGGCACAGUACCCAAUGCUGAACAUGCGGCAUGGUGCCACAUUCAGUAUGAAGCAGUAUCUACAACGCCAGGCUGUGCUCUUACACGGUGAAGAGGCCCAUUUCCUUGCACACACACCAAAGAUCUUGCAUUUUCUCUGCAGCCUGCUGACAGCCCUCGCCCAGGGAACAUCAAGUCCUCCAGAAGUUCGGCAGGAACUAGAGAAAAAAGCAGCCAUUUUGGUUCUACAGCAGGCUGUGAGGAAUGUGUUGGCACUGCAGAGGUAUUUGCCUGUCCUGGUGGAUGGGGAAGACUCUUGCGAGUCUGUCUCUUCUUGGGACGAGCCUUUCGGAUUUUUAGAAAGGAAGAGGGAGAUGCUUUUGAACAAGCGCAGUUACAGUGAAUCAGACCUCAGCAAAAUUUCUCUGAACAGGGAUAUGAAAUUUAUACACAGUUCCAUGCUGUUUGGUAAUGGUGGUAACGUCUGUAAUGGAAUUUUGAGUCAUUUAAGAAAGGAGGAAUCAGCAAGUCCUGCUUUCAGUGUCUUGAUAAAUGAGUCUAACUGUGCAACAGACAGACAGAUGCACAUAUCAUCAUAUAAUCAUCACCUGGGUAAGCCCAAUGCUGGCAAGAGAGCAAAGUGCAUGAUGAAAACAUCUCAGGGAUUCCCAAAAUUCAGCUCCAAUAUAGAGCUCAAUAAAAAUAACAAGUAUGGAAAUGGGUCAUUAGCUUCGAGAGCUGUUGCUAAAGCAAUGGCACAAAAGGAACCCACAGGCAGCAAAGUCCUGCAAAGAGCUGCACUUUUACAGGAGGAACUGAACAUCUGUGCUUAUGGAUGGGCCACGCUGGCCACGGAGACCGACCCAAAAGUUCUAAGUGCUCUGAUGUGGAUCUGGUUAGAGAAACUAAAGGAUCCUGUCCUGAGUGCAGACGACAUAAAUAAACUAACAAAUACGCCUGGUCCAAAUCCCCUAAAAAUGCUGCACAAGUCUCAGUGUAGCACUCUGUGUUGUUUGCUGAGCUGUGUGGCUCAGGUGACGUCUCAGUGUCCACACCUCGAAAACCCUGUCCUGCAGAAGCUUAUCAAGGCACUGACCAGGCACCUUACAGAAGAAACAGAGAGCUAUAACACCUUGCUGAAGGUGUUUGGAACCAAAGUAAGAGAUAUGCAGCAUCUCUUACGCUUCCAAACAGCUACAGGGAUGUGAGCAAUCGAAAAAAGAUCUUAAAAGUACUGUAACC